UUUAAAAACAUAAUUCCAUUUCCAUAGAAUGUGAAGGGUCGUCGUCGUCUUCAACUGCCCUAGCGAGGUCCAGAGCAUCGACCUUUCGAGGAUAUAGCAGGCAGAAAGGUGUUGAAGAGUCACUAUUUGUACAUGGCAGCUUCAAAGAUUCAAGCCCUAUGGAACCACCCAGCAGGCCCUAAAACUAUUCACUUUUGGGCUCCAACCUUUAAGUGGGGUAUCAGCAUUGCCAAUAUUGCAGACUUCGCCAAGCCACCAGAAAAGAUCUCCUAUCCUCAACAAGUUGCUGUUACUUGCACUGGAGUUAUUUGGUCACGUUACAGCAUGGUGAUUACACCGGUAAGCCGAAAUUCUACUGUUAUAACCUUUUGCUUUAUAGCUAUCAUCUUGCAAGAGACUGCUUUUGGAAAACUUGAAUUUACUUGAUUCUCCAUUCCAUAA